AUGCCGUUAGCUCAUAAUUUAAAUAAAGUGACGAAAAAUAUAUCCAAAUCAGCUGGAUCCCUUCAUAUCAAAGGUCGUAAAUUCAAACAAUUAAAUCGUGCCACAUUAAGAGAUAAAAAACUCCAACAAAGAAAAUCCCAAAGUUUAGAACGUAAAUCAAAUGAAUUAAGUAUUGUGUUUUUCAUUCAAAGUUUACUACAAGAAAACAGUACCAUUAGUGAUAAUGAAGAAAAUUUAGAGGAGUUCACUAAUAAGAAACAAUUUUCAUUAGAUGAGAUGAAACAAAUUAUUGAAAAAUUCAUUCAUCAACAUGAUGAAGAAUUACAAAAAUUACAAUCAGAAAGAAGAAAAGGUCGACCACCAAUUAAUAGACAAACCAUAUUAGAAGAAAAAUUGAAAUAUGAUUUAGAAAUAUAUAAAACUGGUUUCAAAAUUCCUGAUUUAACUGAUCAAUUGACAGUAGAAAGAAUAAAAGAAUGGAAUGGAACUACAGGUGCUACUACUACUAUGAGAUUUAUACGGGUUUCUAAAGAUAUGACUGAAUUACCCACCACUACAACUGAAAUCGAAAUGAAAUAA